AUGCGUAAUCUCCCGACGUUGUGUAACCCCAUUUUCGAAAACGUGCGCGCUCUGAUUUGCUGCAUUGAGCAAUUGAUAGCCAUCGGCCAACAGGUUACAUUGGAACUUGAACUUGAAUUUCAAAUCGUCAGUGGCUCAACCACCAGGCGGGCAGCUUUCAAUGUUGCAGCACUUCUUCCACCUGAUGCAUUAUGCAAUGCAGUGACCGACCGCCAUGGAGAACCAUGGCCAUGGUUCGUUGUCAUUGUGCCACCGACCAGGAAAUCGGGAUGUUGGAGGUGCGAGGCUGUCGACAGAUGCCGAGAACGGUACGAAGUCGGCCGUCCUCGGAUACAAAUUGGCAGUGAUCUAGUCUGGCAUGGUUUGAAGCUGCAAUGGGUCGGUCAUUCCUGCGAUUUGCCUAGCCCAACGGGCGAUGACUGA